AGUCAAUUUGAAUGUGAUAACAGAACAAACAACACACAACAAAUAGUAGCUUUAUUUUGGUUCAGUUAAUUUCGUUCAGUAUUGUUCUCUUAUCAUCAUCAUCCCGUUUGCAUCCUGUUGUCAGGCAUUAGCAGUGAGUCGCUUUUUCAUCUUACUAUAAUGCAACACACAGUGAAUAAUAAGUGAACAAAAAUAACCAAAGAAACUCAUCGUAAUAUAUUCUUUAAAUAAAUACCAGAAGCAAAAGCAACUAUUAAGAGUCAUCGAUUUGAGUUUGAUUUAACUGGAAUUAUCAACUUGUUUGUAUUUGAACUACACAACUUUGAAUUAAUAGUAUUCUCAAUUUUGAUGAGGACACUGAUAUCUGUAUGAAACGAAGAAAUUGAAAAUGAAGUGCAUUUUCUUAGUUUUUUAUCUUAUAUCAAUAAUCAAUACCCGUUCAGUGCAUUGUGGUCUCUUCGACAUUUUAACCAAAGAUAAUGGCGAAGACGUGACUUCAAAUGAAAAAGUCAUAUUCACAGAACCGGAACUAUUGCAGGCCAUUGAUUUGGCUCAAUUUUCCUACAACCAAUUGAAAACCAUGGAAGAAAGUAUAUCAAAUUCACGGAUUCAACUAUCUAAUACAAGCUCAUCAUAUGCACAAUAUUUGGAGAAUUUACCAAACAAUUACACGAAGGAAUACGAUAAAAUUGCUCAAAUCGUUCUUAAAGCGAGCAAAUAUUUGCUGAAUAACAAUUGUAAAAAAGCUGGCUUAGAUGAUAAGAAAUGCGUUGAAGCUAUAUCAACAUAUAAACUACCGAAGUGUGACUUACUUGAACAAUGCGAACAAUUAAAUAAAACAACAAUGAGCAUAAAAUCAUAUCGGCGUCUUUUACCAGCUCACUAUGCCGAUGGAUUGUCAAAAAUGUUCGAUUUGCCGUCACCAAAAAAUAUUAGCAAUUCAUUUUUUGAUUUGACGCGGCCGGACGUAGAUUUAAUCAAUGAGGAAGCGGCGACUUACGAAGGUGUUGUGGACGAAGAACGAAACGUUGCACUAGUACAAUGGUCACAGUUCAUAGAACAUGACUUAGUGAAAACCGUUUUUCAAAUCAUGAGUAAUGGCAAUCCAAUUGAAUGUUGUCAAGACGAUGCAACAAAUGCUCCGCCACGUUAUCGACAUCCAGCAUGUUCACCGCUUAUGGUGGAUGUGAGUGGAGAAGACUAUAAUCGAUUACCUUCAUGUUUGAAUUACGUACGCAGUGCGCUUAAUGUAAACGAAGAUUGUUCGUUUGGGCCAGCACAACAGAUCAAUCAAGCAUCAAAUUACUUGGAUUUGUCGCAAUUGUACGGCAAUGCCGAAGAUAUAACCGACACAUUGCGUACAUUUUAUAACGGUGAAUUGAAAAUUUCGAACGACCCGUUGAGUCCAACUUUGCCUGAAAUUGAUGACAUCGAAGACAAUCAUUUGUGCAUGCACAAUACGACCAUUGACACAGUAUGCUAUAAAUCUGGUGAUUCACGGGUAAAUGUUAAUCCAUAUGUGACCACACUCUACACACUAUUCUUGCGAUCACACAACCGCAUUGCAAAACAAUUACAAAAAGAGCAUCCAACAUGGAACGAUACUGAACUGUUUGCAUAUGCACGACGCAUUAAUGUUGGCAUUUAUCAGAAAAUUGUGUAUAGCGAAUGGUUGAAUAUUGUGCUUGGUAUAAGCGAAGCAGCCACCAUCAACAACAGAAAUCCAACAACUUGCAUCAAUGAUGGAAAAGUCAGCAAUGAAUUUGCCACGGCUGGCAUUCGAUUUUAUUAUUCAAUGAUGCCGGGCGAUCUAAAAACAACAAAGGAUGUUAGUUAUUUUGUUCGACAAAACAAUAUCAUCAUUCGACCAAUGACUGAAGAAAAUAUUUUAAAAUUGAAAGAAGAAUAUUACAAACCCAGAGAUUUGGCCGAAGACGAAGAAUUGGAGAACAUCAUCGAUGCCAUUUUGAAACAGAAAGCAAUGGCUAUGGAUACUGGAUACGUAGCAGAUGUUGCUAAACACUAUUAUCGAUUCCAAAACAAUCAACAAAAGGAUGUUGGCACCGACGUUUUGGCUUUGGAUAUUCUACGAGGUCGUGAUCAUGGUUUGAGCACCUACACAAAAUACUUGGAGCGAUGCACAAAAACUACCAUUCAAAGCUGGACGGAUUUGAAGUCAUACAUAAACAACGAGGAUUUGGAGAGAUUGAAGUUAAUUUAUACAGAUUACGAUAAAGUGGAUUUGAUUAUGGGUGCCAUUGCAGAACAGCCGAAACCAGGUGCAACUAUCGGUGAAACAUUCUCAUGCAUCAUUGGUGAACAAUUGACAAAUACACGUUGCAGUGACAAAAACUUUUACUCGAACUUGAAUGAUCCAAUUUUCAAGCAAUUUGUGGACAAUUACACAGGUGCCAAAUUAAUUUGUGAUACAACACGACUGACAAGAGUCCCCCGCAACAUAUUCCAUGUGCCAUCCGAAAAAAACCCAAUGAUCUAUUGCAAGGACAUCUAAUGGAUACAUAUGUAAUGCGCAUAACUCAAGGAUACAGACACAUGACAAUAAUACAACAAAAAUAUAUUAUAAUCGAAUUUUUACCAAGCUUAUGAUUAUCUCUAUUCAAUAAAUUUCAUCACACGAGAUGAAACAAUCGAUAUACAA